CACUCACUUGCCCGUCGCUGGCCUGACGGACACUACGCUCGCGACCACCGUCCGCGACGAUGAGCACCAUGACUCACGAGAUCGUGCCCCAGCUCGGGCGCCGCCUCGCCCGCCGCUCCUUCGGCACCCAGCAGCAGCGCCCUGUCGGCCUGCUGUCCGAGGCGCAGGAGCGCAAGCAGAAGAAGAGGGAGCUCAUUGAAAGGAAGGAGCAGGCGGCGCAGACGCGGCGCCGCGAGGAGAAGGCGGAGCGGGACGAGCGCAUGGAUCUUUCCAAGGCACUGAGCGAGGUCAAGACUUACCGAGGAGGCUUCACCCGGCCCCAGAUGCUCCGCACGUCCAACUGGUGGAAGGGCGGCGCGUACGUCAAGAAGGGCAAGAAGUACGAGUCGCCGCCCGCCAGCGCGUACGAGCCGCACACCGUCUUCCUGCUGGAGUCGCGCUACCCCAUCAAGGGCCCGGUGGACAGGCCCGACGUGCACGAGCACAUCCUCGGUAUUGUCAAGACUUCCAAGUUUGAAGCUUACCUUGAGCACCUCCAGUCACCUGAGAUCAAGCGCGCGACACUCGACAAAGCGCACUGGCCGUUCCUCCCUGCCAAGCACGGCACGCGUACUAAGUGGUGGGAAGACCCGCAGGACAAGGAGAAGACGCUGCGUGAGCUGCGAGGCCUCGACUUCGACGCGGACGUCCCCGCCAGCUCUGUCUCUGGCCCGUCCUCGAGCACCGGCCGCGCCAUCGGCACGCUCCUGGCCUCCUCGCCGGCGCGCAGCCCCUCGCCCACGCAAGUGCGCUUCUACUCGUCGCGCGCGCCGCCGGACCGCAGCGAGGACGUCGUCCCGGACUACUACAUCGAGCGCAAGCGCCAGCGCGACGCGAUCGCGGAGCGCAAGGAGCAGGAGGGCGACCUCAUGUACGAGCUGUCGGCCGGCAUUAUCGCGGACGCGCUCACCGCGACGACGCAGCGCUCGCAGCCGAAGAUUCCCGUCGAGUUCACGGACGAGCACGGCGCAGUGCACCACCCGAGCGGGUUCGCGGUGCCCACCGGCUCCGGGCGCGAGACGGACUCGCCCGUGUUCGACCGCCGCAAGGCGACGAAGGAGUACAAGGAGCAGCAGACGGCGGGCGUCCGCGACCGCGUGCGGGAGACGAUUGGCUUGCGGGACCAAGACGUUACGGAUAUCAUGCGCGGCGGCGUGAAGCCCCGCGAGGAGAAGAUCCCGGUGGAGAUUGAGCACCCUGAUGGGUCUGUGGCGCACCCGAGCGGGUUCGUUCCGCCCAUGCCGAACACGAGCUUUACGCACGGCGUGAAGAACGGGCGGGCGUUUCACUCGAGCGCGGUGAGCCACGCGAUGCCCUUGGACGGGAAGGUCCCGCUCAUUGGUGAGCCCGAGCCGCCUGUGGAGGCUGGUACUUCGUCGUGGCCGCCAAAGGAAGGAAAGGAGAGCCCCGAAGAACGGAAGCUGAGGCAAUUGAGGCAGCGGUACGAGCCCACGCUUUCGACGGAACCCUUCUGGCGCCCCCUCAUCACUCUCGAACUGUCGACGCGCCCCCUGGCGGAGACGAUGCGCCGGCUGUCGACGGCGAAGCCCCGCGGUUUGUCGUACAUCGCCUCGAUCGAGCCGGACGAACGCAAGCAGGACACUUCGUGCUCCGACCGGUUGCGCUGCAUGCGCAUUAACCGCAUGCAAGAAUUGACGAAGAGCAUGUCGGAGCUCCUCGCUGGGUACCGUGGCGGCCCGGUGGGCAUCCGCUUCAGCCCUGAGGAGAAGGGACGCGGCUGGGACGGCGAGUCGAUGGAGAAGCCUAUUCCGUAUGACAAGCGGCAGAUCAAGGUUGGUGUGGGCGAGUGGUACAAGCGCGCGGAGGAGGUCAAGGAGGGGUUCGUGCAGGAUGCGGAGGAGGUUGAGGGCGCGGCCGUGGAGGUAUACGGCCUCGAUGACUUUGGGAAGCCGAUCAAGUCUUGAGAUGUCCUCGUUCUCUUCUGAAGAUCCGGUAUAUUUAUGCCAAGUGCACAUUGAGGGUCACUUCGAUUGUGGUUCUUCUUUGGCUGGAAGCAAAGUUGGAGGAGAGGAGGAACUUCGGGUGAGGAGGGAUCGUCGGACUCUGCUGCGUUUGCGGUGAUCGAUCAGUCGCGUUGUUUUCUGUCGUCGCGCACUUCAUAUUAUAGAUUUAUCCGUAUGCUUGUAAAAUACCCUCAGUUGAGAAACUGCACUAGGCCAAUCGAAGUUGCUUAGGACCUUUAAUCUGC